UGUGUUUCUGGAUAAUACUCCGUCCUGAUUACUAAGCAUUUCAUUCCGGAAGUGUACAAUGGUUAAAGGUCGAAAAAUAAUAAAUCCUGCUUUGCUGCUUUUGGCGAUGUGUUGGGCAGUAAAUAAAUUAGCUCUAGCGCGUGUAAUCCCAGCUAAGAACUGUGCUGAGCUUUACAAGUGCGGCCAAACCAUCAGUGGUGUUUAUACAAUCGACCCUGAUGGUUCAGGUGCCUUUGAUGUGUAUUGUGACCAAACGACAGCUGGUGGAGGAUGGACAGUGAUCCAGAAGAGACUAUGUAACAUUGCUGAUUUCAACCGCACCUGGGAUGAUUACAAAAAGGGAUUCGGUGAUUUCCUCGUUCGUGAAUUUUGGCUGGGACUGAACAAGAUCAAACGCCUGACGCAAAACAAGACAGAAAACAAACUCCGCGUGGAUCUGGGAGUAAAUGCGAGCAAAACUGUUCACGCUGAGUACGAAUGGUUUGGUAUUGAGAAUGAGACAGCCCAUUACAAGCUACACAUCGGCAAUAUUUCAUCUGCUACUGUUGAAGAUUCUCUCUCCGGUCAUAAUGGCACGUUAUUUAGUACGUGGAAUAGAUUUCCAGCUGAUCAUGAUUGUGCACGGAAAUAUGGGGGAGGCUGGUGGUACCUGUACAUUGAUGGAGUUUGUACUGUUAACUCAAAUCUUAACGGCAUCUGUCCUCAUUCUGGAACCAGGAACUUUCCUGACCUUUUCGAAGGCGGUCAAAGAAUCAGCGGUGUUUACACAAUCUAUCCUGAUGAAAAACCUCCCUUUGAUGUAUAUUACGACCAGACAAGGGCUGGUGGAGGAUGGACAGUGAUCCAGAUGAGGCUGAAUGGCUUCUUUGAUUUCAACCGCAGCUGGGUUGACUACAAAGAUGGCUUCGGUAAUUUCCUCAUUCGUGAAUAUUGGCUUGGAUUGGAAAAGAUCCACCGCCUGACGCGAAACAAGACAGAAAAUAAACUCCGCGUGAAUCUGGGAGUAAAUACGAGCAAAACUGUUCACGAUGAGUACAAAUGGUUUGGUGUUGAGAAUGAGACAGUUGAUUACAAGCUACACAUCGGCGAUUUUUCACAUGAUAAUAGUACUGCUAAAGAAGGUUUGAACCGGUGA